UGUGCCUGUCCCAAUUAUGUCCUUACGGGGCAGUGUGCAACAGCUGUGAUUUUCUUCUUUCAAACUUCGACAAUUCAUUUGAAUCAGGAACUUGUUGCAGUACUUAGUCUGGGUUACCUUAAGUAGUCUGAUUUCUUUCUUAAACACAAUUGUAGAUUUAGUGUCCAUGGUGAUUUCAGUCUGUUUAAGGUGUUGUUUUGUAAUCACGAAACUGUGUUAAACCCCUCGAGCGCCGUGCUUAUGAAUUAUGCAUGAGAGCCUGCUGACACAGACACAGGCGUCGUCGUAGGAAAGUGGAGUUUACAAACUUUGGGACGGGAGCUGAGUCCGGGCAGCAAAGAAACUGAAGGAAUUUCGCCGUCAAAACAGGACAGAAAGUUAAAAGUAGCCAUUCUCAUGUAGGGGGCACUUUUAAGUGUUCUCUCUAACUUUUCGAGAGUUGUUUUUGCGUAACAAACGACUGAGAGGUGAGAAAACAUUUUGUCCACCGAGAGUGUUUAUGAAAGUUAAAGUAAAGAUCUACACCGAGGUGCAUAUAGAUUCACCGGACAGCUUUCUGUCGUCGCAUUAUUCAGUUCCGAUUUCAGUACAUUUGUAUCGUUUUGGUAACUUUUUUGUCAAUCAAAAAUGAGCAAUAACCCACUGCAGCCAAUGCCUGGACAGCAAGUUAUCCAUGUCGCGCAAGAUCUGGAUACAGAUCUCGAGGCGCUUUUUAAUUCGGUUAUGAACCCCAAACCGAGUUCAUGGAGGAAAAAACUUUUACCGGAGUCCUUUUUCAAGGAACCCGACUCUGGAUCUCACUCCCGACAGUCAAGUACUGAUUCUGGGAGUCAUCCGCCCCGGCUGACUGUGCAGCACGUACGGUCACAUUCCUCGCCUGCGUCCCUCCAACUAGGAACGGGAGCCAACCCGACUCCAAGUCCGGUACAUCAUGCGCAUAUCCGACACCAAUCUUUCGAUGUCGCCGAGGAGCUACCCCUGCCUCCUGGAUGGGAGAUGGCCUACACUUCCAACGGACAAAAGUAUUUUCUAAAGUAUGAUUCUAACCUGUGUGUGUGUGUAUCCCCUCCCCAGUGGCCACUUCCAGCACUCUCGGAGCAGAGCACCGACAGCGGCCUGGGCCUUGGGUGCUACAGCAUCCCCACCACCCCCGAAGACUUCCUCAACAACAUGGAGGAGAUGGACACAGGUGACAGCAUGGCGCAGGGCAGCCUCAACGUAACCCAGCACAGUCGCUUCCCGGACUUCCUGGACUCUCUGCCGGGCACCAACGUUGACCUGGGCAUGGACGGGGACCUCAUACCCAUCCUCAACGACGUGGAGUCUGUCCUCAACAAGAAUGAGCCCUUCCUCACCUGGCUGUAGACACACGCGACACCCACACACA